CUUCCGGCGCAGGAGCUUCCGGCCGGGGCUGUGGGGCGGCUGUGAGGCGACUAGGCGGCCUCUGAGGCGGGGCGACGACGCCACAGCGACCCUCCGACCCGGGCGCCACCGCCACGGCCAUGGCGCCGCCGCCGCUCUGGGAGCUCCUCCUGCUGCUGCCGCUGCUGCUCCUCCAGGCGGCCGCGGCGCAGAAGCCACCGGGAAGGGCCUGCUCCCAGUUCACCAACACGACCUGCAAGGAGUGCCUAAGCAAUGUCUCGUGUCUGUGGUGCAACACCAACAAGACUUGCUCUGACUACCCCGUCUUGAGGAUUCUGCCCCCCGCGUCUGUCUGUGAGCUGAGCUCUGCACGCUGGGGUGUCUGCUGGGUGAACUUCGAAGCCUUGAUCAUCGCGAUGUCGGUGGUGGGAGGGAGCAUCGUCCUGGGAAUCUGUUACUGCUGCUGCUGCUGGCGCCGGCGGAGGCGGCGGAGUCGUGAGCCCGACAAACAGGAGGAAAAGGCCAUCCGGGAGCGGGAGGAGCGGCGCGUGCGGCAGGAGGAGAGGCGAGCAGAGAUGAAGUCCCGGCACGAUGAGAUCAGGAAGAAAUACGGUCUGUUUAAGGAGGAGAAUCCCUAUGCAAGAUUCGAGAACCACUGAGUGUCCUACCCUGGACCCCAGUGCAGCCCCGCCCUCCAGCCUGCUGGCCACGGAAUCUUUUUUCUGUCACUCUUUCUGGAUCAGCUGUUCGAGACCUCAAGCCUGUCACACUCCUGCUGUUGGGGUCUGGGGGGUAUGCAGCCUGCGGCUCUGGCUGCCAGCUUGCUAUGCUCCCCCCAAUUGGAGCUGAGCCCUGGGCACAGCUCAAAUCACCAGCGCCUUAUCUUUUUAGGAACACUUGGUUGCAGCAGACCCUUCUUGGAUGAGGUUUAGAGUUUGCACCUUUGCCAGAAGAAAGGGACUCUAUCCCGUAUAGCUGGGGGUUCUGGAGGCUACAUCAGCCCCCUAAGGGCCGUGGCUGUGUGGGCGUGCGUGGGGCCUGCUGUGCCUUCCUCUGCCUCUUGUAAGCUCCCGCACAGGGGUCAGGUGUGGCCAUUGGUCAGCUGCUGGAGGAAAGAGGGUUGGGCCAGGCAUCCUGCCAGGUCUGUAGAUGGCUGCAUGCCUUCAUCUUAGGGCCUGGGCAGUCUGCGUCCCUCAGUGCAGCUGUGGGUUCCACUGUGAAUGGACAGGUUGUGGGAGCUAGAGCUCUGGGCCACUGGGUCACAGGCAUCCCCCAACUCCCCCAUUGUAUUGGGACUCAGCUUGGACUCCCAACUGUGUGCCAGCAUAGCAGACUGGGAAGUGAGCCCCUCUAGCCCCUGCACGCAGCUCCUGGGUGCCGUGUGGGCCUGUCGGGGCAGUCUGUCCUGCCUCUCAUGGGCACUGAGUUUGGCACAAGUCUUGGGUCUACUCACGGACUCCUAGGGCAUUUAGUAGCAAUUCCAAGUCCUAAACAUUCCUGAGGAUUUCUGCUGUGUACCCAGAAAACCACGCACGCACUCACGCACUCCCAGAUCACCCUUGUAUUAAUCAGCAGUGUGUAUGUACCCACUCUUCACUGCCCAGCUGAACGCCUUAAUAACUAAGAAUGUUUAACCCUGCACGCACAGGCCACACGGCUGUCCCGGCGCGGCUUUUGGCUGCACUGGUCGGGGCAGCUGGCCUCAGAGCCUGAGCAUCACCCCUGAAGUGCCUUAACCUCACUAAACGUUCCCACGGGCCCUGUG